AUGCUACUCAUUAGGAACGCCGUCAUAGACAACGAAUCCAGAGAUGUAAAAGGCAUCCUGGAGCUCGACCUAACCAAGCCCUUCGACACGGUCAGGCACGAGCACAUCCUCAACGAAAUCUCCACUUUAGACCUCGGAGUACAUUUCCACAAUUUCGUAAGAUCGUUUUUGGAUAACCGAACGGCCACCAUAAACAUCGGACAAAUCAGAAGCAGAAAGCACAUGCAAGGUAACAUCGGUACCCCGCAAGAGUCAGUGCUUUCGCCACUUUUCAACAUCGCAGUGCAUGAUCUCGCAAACAAACUCUUGAAAGUCCCGGGGGUAGGGCAUGCGAUUUACGCCGACGUUAUCACCAUAUGGUCCACGAGCGGCCCGCUAGGCACUCUGGAGCAGAACCUACAGCAAGCGCUGGACACCACGGCAGCUUUUCUUGCAAACAUGGGACUGAAGCUCUCCCCCAGCAAAUCGGAGCUCCUUCUGUGCAAACAGGGCCCCGGGCUGAGACAGCCCCUUAGGUCCCUCCCCGUUCACCUUCACGCCAGGGAUGGAGGAAACAUCCCCAGGUGUAACACAAUCAAGGUCCUGGGCAUGGUCAUUGGGGCUUACAGCAAUGACAACGCGGAGGCACUAAAACGCAUCACAAAGAGCACCCUCAGCUUCACCAGGGUCAUAUCACGGGUCGCCAGCAAAACGGACGGACUGAAAGAGGACAACCUCAUGAAAGCAUUUCACGCCUUCCUCAUCAACUACGUUACCUACGCGGGCCCCUUCCUCAACUGGAAGAAGACGGAGCUGAAUAAAAUUGAUAAAUUUAUCAGAACGGGACUGAAAAAGGUCGUAAGCCUCCCUGGAAACACUAGCAUGGAACGACUCCUAAAAUUUGGGCUACACAACACGGCAAUCGAACUCUUUGAGGCACAGUGA